AUGGAUGUAGACGAAAGUCAGCCAGACCCUAAGGAUUUACUACAGGAGAGUCAUCCCAGGAGGUGGGAAAUAUUCAUCGAUGGAGCCUCAAACAGUUGUGGAGGAGGAGUAGGGAUAAUAUUCACUUCGCCCGCAGGAAUCAGGAUAAUGUUCUGCUUUCGGAUGGAGUACAAAGCAACAAAUAACGAAAUUGAGUACGAAGCAGUGAUACAAGCUCUAAGGAUUGCGAUAGAAGUGGGGUUAGAUGAAGUACGAAUUACCAGUGAUUCGCAGCUAGUGGUUCGUCAAAUCGAAGGAAGAUAUAAUGCAGUUGCUCCAGUGAUGCAAAGGUAUCAACAACUCGUGAAGGAAUAUUCAACAAAGAUACGAAACAUUAUUUGGAGAAAAAUAGGCCGAGACAGUAACAUACAUGCGGACGCCCUUUCUUUUAUAACUUCAAUGAUCGAGGAUCCAAAAAUCGGUCAUAUCAUGAUUGAGCGGUUACUGCAACCCUCAGUAAGCAGAGAGGAAAGGGAGCCCAAUGUGAUGAUCAUAGAAGAAGGGGAUAUGAAAAUAGAUAAUGAUGACUGGAGAGUCCCCAUCUAUAACAAUUUGAUGAAAGGAGACCUCCCACGAGAUAGGCAGGAGGCAAAUAAAAUUAAAAGUAAGUCCACAAAUUACGAUAUGCGCGAAGGAAUCCUAUACAUGAGAUCAUACUUGGGUCCAAUGAUGAGAUGCUUGUCGAGGAAAGAGGGGAUAGAAAUCAUGAAAUCAAUAUACUAUGGGGAUGCUGGUAACCAUGGCGGAACCAGGUCACUAGCUCUCAAAACCAGGACACAAGGAUACUUUUGGUCAUACAUGCACAAAGACGCGAAAGAUAUCUCCACGAGGUGUGAAGCAUGUCAGAGAUUCGGGAAAAGAAUACAUGCACCAUCCAAAAGCUUAAACUCUGUGUUGAGUGUAUGGCCUUUCGCCAUGUGCGGAAUAGAUAUCGUGGGACCAUUUGUAACCGGGACAAAGCAAAGGAGGUAUAUGAUAGUGGCAACAUAUUAUUUCACAAAAUGGGUGGAAUCCAAAGCCUUACGGAACACACGAGAUGGUGACGUUUACGAUUUCAUUCUUGAGCACAUUAUUUGUAGAUUUGGGAUACCAGUAUUGAUCGUUUCGGACAAUGGGAAGCCAUUUAAAGGGGAGAAUGUGAGAAUGUUAUUCAACGCUUUUAAAAUUCAAUCCGGAAAGUCGACUCCGUUAUACCCACAUAGCAACGGGAACGCGGAGGCUACAAAUAAGACAAUGGAAACCACAUUGAAGAAAAAACUGGAAGAUCAUCAUAAGGGAUGGUGUGAACAAAUCCCAAACGUGUUAUGGUCAUAUAGAACCACUAGGCGAGAUGCAACGGGAAUGUCACCCUUCUGUUUAAUAUAUGGAGAUGAGGCAGUGUUGUCUGCUGAAAUCAUCCUUCCAACCACGAGAAGAGAAGCAUGGGAGAAAGGGCUAAACUCGGAUUUGAUUUUAGCAAAGUUAGACGACCUAGAGUAG